CCCGCGCGCGGGGGGCUCGGCCCGCCCCGCGCGCCGCGGAUGGAGGCCGCCGCGGCGGCCGCAGGACCGAGGGGCGGUCGCCUCCAGCCUGCUGCGGCUCGCCUUCCUGGCCGUGGCGGCCCCGCUCACGCUCACGGGUGUGGUGUUGAGCGACGUCGCGGCCAAGUCCGCAACCAGCCCCUUCGCUACUUCGAGUACGCCCUCCUGGAGCAGGAGGCGGCCCUGGGCUCCGAGGCGGCGGCCGCGGCGGACGUCGCGGCCGCCACGGAGGACCAGGUGCUGGUGGCCCAGCUGGAGGCCAAGGCCGCGGAGGAGCAGGGUGUCGCCCUGGAGGAGGUCGAGGGCGCGGUGGAGAAGGAGGCGGGCGCCGCCGAGUUCGGCGGGGGCGAGGCGGCCGAGGAGGCCGCGGCGGACAUCGCCGCCGAGGUCGACGCUGCUGCGGAGGCUGCCAUGGCGGCGGGCGAGGGCGCCGUCGCCGAGGGCGCCAGCGCAGCGGCCGCGGAGGGCGCGGCGGCGGCGGCGGCCGAGGGCGCAGGCCUCGCCGUUGCCGAGGGCGCCGGCGCCGCUGCUGCGGAUGGCAUCGGGGUGGCUGUGGCCGAGGGUGGCACGCUGGCGGCCGUGGAGGCAGGCGCCGUGGGCGCCGAGGUGGCCUCGGGAGGCCUGGCCACGCCCGUCGUCGUGGCUGGCGCUGCGGCCGCGGCGGCGGUGCUGGAGGGUCCCAAGCUGGUGGCGGGCGCCACGGCGGAGUGGGGCGCUGCGAGCGCGGAGAUCCAGGCUGCGCGCGACGAGACCCUGGCCGUGGAGAAGGAGGUGGAGGCGCAGUCGUUCGAGGCAGCUGCUGGCGUCUUCCAGGCUGGCGCGGUGGAGCAGGAGGGGGCUGCCGCCGCCAGCGCUGCCGCGGGCGUGGGACUGGUGGUGCUUGCGCAGGUGGCCCAGCUGGGCGCCCUGGCGGCGCAGGCACCAGUGGCGGCUGCCUUUCUGCUCGGCAAAGCUGGCUCUGCCGCGUCGGCGCUGGGCUGCGCCGCUCAUGGCGGCCCGCACGCAGGCGGUGUCCUUCUCGCCGCCACGUCCUCCGUCUCGUUGGUCGCGUUCCUCGGGACCUUUCUCAUGGAGCCCUGGGCUGAGACCGUGCUUGAGGCCGCGAAGGCCCAGGGCUCUGGCGGCGGGGACGUUGUGGCCGAACUGCGGGGGGCGGUGAACGGUGUGGCGGCAAAGUUCGCGGCCGCGCCCGAUGGCGGCAGGAGACUGAACUGGCUCUGGGAUCAGACGAUGGGGGCUGCCAAGCAGAUGAUCGUGGGCGCGCCGAACAAGGAGACCACCACGGUCCCACAGCCGACCACGCUGCCACCGCCAGCGGAUCCGCCCAGCCUCCCCCAGCUCGUUCUGGGCGCCCUGUUCAGUGUCGCCGGCGCUAUUCUCCGUUGGCUCUGGCCAGUCCUGGCUGACAUCGCUCUGGGAUCCCUCGCGGUGGCCGUGGUCCUGGGCAUCCCGUCGCUGGGCGCGCGCCUGCCGCAGUUCUCGUGUGGCUGCAGGAGCCCGGGCCUCGUCUGCGCCGACCUGGCGCGCGACGUCCUCUCGCAGUGGCUCUCCGGCCUCGCGGCCCUCGGCGCGGUGUGGCUCGUCAGCCUCCUCCUCGCCCCGCAGCUGCAGGGCGUCGCGGAGGGCAUCAGGGCCGACGCGCGGGCAGGCGGGGGCGGCACCCUCGCAGUGGCCUCGCUGGUGCUUGGGGGGAUCUGCCUGGGCGUCUCGUUCUACAGGGCGCACGCCAGCGCCUCGGAGCCGUGCCGCCUGUGUGCGUGCCCCCUCGAGGGCGACUCGCCCGCGGCCGCUGGGGCUUGCUGCGUGGGCGCCGGCUGCCUGUGCGCCACGGCGUCGGCCGCGCUGGGAGCGGCCCUCGCGGCGCUGGAGGCACCGAUCUGCAGUGCGGCGCUGGGAGGCGCUGGGAGGUCCCUUGCAGCGAGCUGGUGGCUGCUGCCGCUGUUGCCCUGGGAGCUGGUGGCGCACCGCAUGCUCGAACACCUCCCUGGUUGGAUGCGGCCCCUCGCCUGGCUGCACGUUCCAGUGCUGCUGGCAUUCGGCAUCGCCGCCACAGGCCUGGCGACGUGGGCGCUGCUCAGGGCGAGGAGGAAGUCUGGGGAGCGUCUGGCCUUCCUCUCGGAGGAUUGGCAGUCAGACUUGGAGAGCGACGCGGAGCUUGUGAAAGGCCAUUGACCCUCCACCCUCUAGGCGCUUCGCUGAGUCGACUCUUCUCGGGUGAGCCCGAGGAUCUGCAGCACCGCUCCCCGCUCCCCGCUGACGUCUCACACCCUGUCUUGCCCUCUACAGCCCGCCCUCGCCUGUGCCCUUCGCGAAGAGCUGUCCCGCCUUGACCUUGGGCGCUGGCGCAGCGACUUUGAGGCAGCUGCUCCUCGGCCCCGCCAGGGAGCAGGGAAUUCAUCGAUAAAGCAUCGCCGGCGCUGUCCCCCCGAAGGGCACAAAACCGGCGUGCGCGUCUUGUGCUCGUGCCGUACUCGGCUCUUCCAGCUCCGCCUGCGCCUCGGGGCUCUCCGCCAUAGAGCGGAAAGAUCCCGCUGGGGUUGCACGCUGGCACUCCCUAAAGGGACACUUUGACUGCCAGCCCCCGUCGUCGCGCUGCGACGCCUGCCCCGCCACCGCACUGCUCGGGGGGCGGGAAGGAGGAGGUGGUGGUGUUUUGUUCGGUAGCUAAUCAUGUGAGCCUUCUGUGUCCCCGUCAUUCCGGCUGAGGACGUGUAGUACUAGUAUGUCUCUGUGCGUCCCGAACCAGAGCUCAUCUCCUCCUUUUCCUUUCGUGCGGGUGCGAUUUCGCCACGCGACAGCCCGCCGCUGCCUCGGCCGCGGCGAGUGUUUUUUUGUUGGUUGCUGUGGGCAGCGACGCGCGCCCUGGAGAUGUCGCCUCCGUCCCAGGGCCCGUCUUGCGUCGUUGGCCGCUCUCUGACGGCUCCUGGGUGCCCAGGUCCCGAAGAGACGCCCGUGGUCAUUCUGGUAUUGGUCAACAGUUUCGCCACACACAUAUUGCACCACAUAUGCUACAUUGUUUGAGGUGCACGUUGGCAGACAUGCUUUUGUUUUUGUGUUCAAAGCGGCUUUCUGGCACGAUGGGCACGGCAGAUUCUCGCCACGUUGAUGCGGCGGCGACCUCUUUCGCCAGCGCGGGCACGUCUGGUUAAACGCCGUCGUUUAGCCUUGAGUCGGCCGGUAUUGAGCAAUCCGCGCCAUCUGAGAUUUGCGAUCGUUCAAGGUUCAACGAUCCACCCGAUGGCACAUGCCAAAGCCGACGUUGUUCUUCUGCGGCGGUGUCGGUGUACAGCUGGCGUCCUCUCGCCCUGCAGGGCCUUCAGGGCC